GUUACCACAUGAGAGAGACACACCUCCAAAAUGGACACUCCAGUCUCAGAGCCCAGGGUUGGCAGAACAUGUGCAUGGGGACAAGGAGGCACGAGUACCGGAUGAUGUCACUGUGGCAAGGAAGGUUCUGUUCCCCCCUCCAUCUUCGUUCCACCUCACCUCUCUGGUUGUUGGUUUCUGUGACCCAGUCUCCGGAUUAGUCUAUACCACCUCCAGUAUCGAGAAGUUGGUGUGUGUAGAAGCCUCUUCUACUUGCUUUGUUCUCCUUAGCGGGCUCCGCUAUGCAACCGUGUCAGAGUCCCUGGCAGUCUUGUCCAAGGACGUGGCCAGGAACUCUGGAGUCAUUCUGAUGGAUCCCUCUGUCCAACAACUGGAGCUUUUGCCUGUGGCUUUACAUUACUGUUUUGAUGGAUUAACGGAUACACUUUACCAAAUAUCCAGGAUGAAUCUCCUUUUGCUGCACAUGGGACACUCUUGGAUUUUCCAGAACGACAAUGCACCCGAGCACAAGACCAAGAUGACCGAAGUUGAGGUGGUUACAGCAGAAAAGAGCCUCAAGCCUGCCUGGCUGCUAGACCAGUCUCUGCAGCCUCGCUUCCGCGGUCUACAAUCUCGGCACAUUAUCCUUCUGCAAGAGGCCACCGCCAUCAGGGAAUACUAUUGCCAGGAAGGGUUGUUCUUGGUCAGCAACAAUGUUGAGAUGGAGAAGCUAAAAGCUGAAUUGGAUGAAGCAAGACUGAGUGAAAAACAAUUACAUCAAAAAUUAGACCAUCAGAUUAUUGUGGUGGCUAAUAAAUCUGAGGAACUUCGAUUGAUGUCUGAACGUGCUCAUGAAACAAUGUCUUCAGAAAUGAUUACAGUUCAGCUUGAGCUUCAUGAGCUGGAAAAUGCCAAGGCAAAUUUGCAAGAAGAAUUGAAUGAACUCCAGUACAAAAAUGAACAACUCAUACUGGCUAAUGAGAAUCUAAGUCGCCAGGUUGAACGUCUUCAAGUGGAAAAGGAAGAGAGGGAAAAAAAAGCAGUUAAUUGCUUCAGUGCUUUAGAGAAAGCACAUGAAGAAAAACGAGAACUGCACGUUAGGCUUGAGCAAGCAUUACAGCAGGCCCAAGACCCUAAUAGUAAAGGCAAUUCACUGUUUGCUGAGGUUGAAGAUCGUAGAGCAGAAAUGGAACGUCAGUUGAUUAGUAUGAAAGUUCAAUAUCAAUCCCUUCAGCAGCAACAUGCUUUUUCCAGGCAGCAAAUGCAUCGCAUGAAGGUUCAGAAUAUAACAUUGUUACAGCUGAAGGGAUCCCAUUUGGACCCUGACCAGAUGGAAAGAUUGCAGUCAAUGGUUGAACAAAAGAACAGUGAAAUAGAAAAACUCCUUGUAAAACUGCGGCAUCUGGAAAAAAAUCAGCAGCAAAAUUGUGAAAAUACUGCAAACCUUAAUACACAUGCUUUCCUCCAGAAUGAUGAUGUCUAUUAUGUUGACUUACUGAAAAUGAAACUUGAACAGUCCAGUAAAGAGAUGGAGAAGUUGAAGGACGAAUUAUCCCUACAAAGAAUGAAAGCAUUAGCAGAAAGCCAGCGUGUUUUAGAACUUGAACGGAAGCUGUUUACAAAUGAUAGGCACCUUAAGCUUUCCAGAAAUGAAAACCUGAAACUUCGUCUCAACUUGGAUGAACUGAAAAUGAAAUAUGAACCUGAUGAAGUAAUUAAACUGCAAACACAAAAACGAAGGAGAGAACAGCUUCCUACUGAUGACCUUCCUGAAGCUACAGCGAGUGUCAACUGUCAUCUCACCAGCACUGCUGAUUUACAGCCUAUUACAAAUCAAGAAACAGAAAAUGCAGCACUCUCAAUGCAGAUUGACACUUGUACCAUUGAAGAGUCACCUUACGUUAACCAAAAUGCAUCUUCUGAGUCCAAAAGCCCAGGCAAAUCCACCACUAUACCACAAGAACGGAAAAGAGUUAGGAUAAUUGAAGAUAUUAAAGGUGCCCAAGCUGUAAGUGAAGGAGACGAAACAAUCUCUAAAGCAAGGUCAGCCUUUGAAGAAUCAAGAAUUGAACCAACAAAGGCUGAGGAGAAAGACUUCAGCAAGUGUGAGAGAAAAUCCAGACGUACAGCGCCUCCUAUUCUACAUGUGCCUUCAAAGCCUGGAACAGUGUCAGAGUGUAGUCCGCAAUAA